AUGAAAGACCUGUCGUUCCUUGGCCUCCACAACUCCCUUGGUUUGAAGAUGAACAAGGGGUUGAAGAACCUGUGCACGGGGGACACCUCCACCUCCACUCUGAAGCAGCAAAAGUCUCCACCCAUGGCGGCCGCAAACAGCCAGCAGCAGGCGACACUGGAGGAGAUGAUCAUGCGGUUGGACUUGGAGGAGAAAAUGGCAGCAAGAGCAAAGCUACAAGAAGAGGAUGGGGAUGGGGAUGUGCAGCAGCAUAGGAUGUCGUGUGUCAACAGCUCAGACAUCUUACGGUGUGCCCGAAACGCACUGAAUCAGUACCCGAGGUUUUCUCUUGAUGGGAAGGAUGCCAUGUAUCGAUCUUCCUUUCGAAACCCAACAUCCGUAGCAGUGGAUCUGAGAAGCUGUUUGCCUGCAAAAGUUGCAGGGGAGAGGGUGAUCUGGUGCACACCGGGUGCCGUGGGUAGGCUAAUGGGACUCGAUGCAAUGCCAAUUCCUGUAAGACUAAACCACAGGAUCAACUCCCCUUGUAUUCUCAGGAACCACAACAACCUCCGCAGAAGAUGUUUCCAUCACCGUCUUCCUUCUUCUUCUUCCACCGCCGCCGGAUACUGUGUCAUGAAGCCGCUACGCGAUCAACCAGGCUGGCCCAUGCGUCGCUUUAUCUAG